AAGUUCUUCUAUAAGAGAUCGGCGGACCUGACUUUGAACUUGGAUCAGCUCCUCCGUUUCCCGCCGUGCUGCCUGAAAUGGACUCAAGAAGGAGGAGAAGAGGAAGAAUGCCCCAAAUGCUGAGGCGGCACACUGGAGGCCGUGCGAUGGGGAGGUACGGCAUAACAAAUGCCUAAAGUUCAUUUUCGACGAGUGAACGGAGCAGCCGGAGGCACGAAAACGUAAGUUAACUUCCUUACUGAGCUUUCCAAGUGACAAGAAAAAAGGUCUGUUUGUAUGCUAGAGGUGGAAUGAUGCCAAAUAGUGAUCCCCAAGCCCCGUUUUGAAUAUUCUUGCUUUGUGGAUUUUACUGGCAACUGACAUAGUAUGCUUAAAUGCUCGAAUCGCUUUUAUUAGCUUUACAUGCCAUUUCUGCUUUAUAAAAUACUUUGAUAUCCACUCUAAUUGUAUAAAAGCAUAUGUUACACUCUGAGACUAUGCGAGUUAAAUGUUCUGAGGGCUUUUAGAGGUUUUAUUUGCUUUCGGAAUUGAAUUGAAGGCCGAAUCUAAUUCUCAUGCAGCUUGUAAAAAAGACCCACGAGCCAUACUUUGCCCACCCCUCUGUGAUUUUUUUUUUUGGUUCCCAGAUAUGGUGCUUGACCUCACUGGUGGUUUGUUUUUAAGGGUUGUUCAAAGCAUCCAACACGACAUGUCACCUCCAUUAUAGUGUGUGUGUGUGUGUGUGUUGUGUGGGGGGUGUCAAUGUGAGAAAUAGUGGAACAUGUGGGGCAAAAAAAAAAAAAGAGCAAACAAACAAGCAGUAAGAGGCUGUGUUGUGUGGUUCGGUGGUUGCGGUCACUCACAACCACUGGAGUCCUUAAACGGUAUUUAGAUUUUAUUGAUUUUUUUUAAGCAAACUGGAUGUCAAUUGAUUUUGCACAUAAAUUAUCGGCAUGCAUAUAAACCCAACAUAGCUAAUUAGGCACUAGUUGCUUAUAUGAUGGGAAGGGGAGGUAUUUAAUCCUUUAUUUAAAAAAAAGUUUAGAAUCAGAAGUUCAGAAGUCAUCCGUUGUUUUAAUUUUUCCUGAUUUUUUUCCAAAUAUACUUGUUGCAUGCCUUUAAACUUGACUGCAUCAUUGCAACAUAAUACGAAGAAAUACAAUCCUUUAUUGUGACCUUUAUUUUCUUUACAACACAGUCCCAUUGCAUCUUUAUUCCUGAUAUUGUCGUGACAUAUAUUGACAGAUUGGUAAAUUAAUUAAUAAGCAACAUCAGGUUAAGGUUUUAUUUACAAUAUAGUCAAAAUGCAUCAGAAGCCAUUGUUGAGAGAUGGAUAAAAGAUCUAAUCCCUUAUUUUCAUUGUUAACAUUAUUUCCAUACAAUGGCCCGGUGUCGCACUUAAUAUUUAAUCCUUAUAUUGUAAUAGAGUAAAUGCAGUCAUACAAAAAAUAAACACUCAUAUUUUUAGUAUGACUGUAGAUGCAAUGCAUGCAGUAAUUAUGAUUAUAUUUACAGUGUUGCCUAGCAGUCAAAAUGCAUCUUUUCUUUGAGCUAGUUUAUUGUGUGCAUUCAAAAAAAUCCUGCACACCCAACUUUAUACUAAAACUAAUUGCAUUGUAUUUAAUAGCAGUGUAAUAAAUAAAUAAAUAAAUACACUUUUUAGUGUUAUCGUAACAUGGACACGUAAUCGGCAUUUGCCUAUUGCUCACCAUUCUAUUCAUUGACUAGGGACGCAGCCAAUGAGAUGCAGUAGGUGUAAUAUACAUGUAUUAGAUGUGUAAUACAUGUGUAACAGUCAUUUGCUGCAUAUAACUACUCCCUUGUCAGUAUAUAAUAUGCAUUAACAACUUAAAACGAGCAAUUUGUAGUUAUUAUUUAUUUUCAAUAUGCUGUAGUCACCGUGCAUUCCAACAUUUGAGUCACAGUGAUGGGAGAAAAAAGGGUACAUGAAUUAGACUUUUUUUCCCCAUUCAUUUGCUCCUGUUUUCUCUUUGCAAUUCUUUUACCGUUUUAAAGACUUUUUUUUUUACUGUAUCUCGCAUGCGUAAAACAUGGACUCGUCCCACUUUUCGUUUUAUGUUCAUAAUAAGAAACAGCAACAGUUUCCACUAAAGAUGCCGAUGCAAUGUAUAAAAACACGCACCUCCUUUCUCUCUUUUACCCUACUGCCUUUCGCGAGCCCUCUUCUAAAAAAAAAAAAAAAAAAAAGUAGGCGGUAAUUAUUAGCGAAACAACGCCGCGUUACCUGCCAUUGGAGGGCCACCUGGGAUUGAUGAGGCGCGGCGGCCAAUGAGGCUGCGAGGAGCCCGUCAAGUGGCCCCAGUUAAAGGGGGCGUUAGAGGAGGAAGGGCCAGUACGCGGAGGAGCUUUUGGGACCCUCGGCGUGAGAAGAGACCCCGAGAGCGAACGAGACGCAGCGCACACCAAGCGAGUCGAGCGUGCGAGCAAGAAAGAGAGAGUAAGAGAGAGAGAGAAACAAUUUUGUUGACGUUUGUACUACUUUGAUGACAAGGAAGAAUUUGGACGCCCGAGAAGAGGCCGUUCCAUUUGGAUUUUUUUGCAUCUUCAUUAAACUUAAGCAGAAGUGAGUGUUUUGUUUGUUUUGUUGUUUGUUUUUGCGUGGAGCGCACCAGUCAGCUAUGUGGUUUCCCACGCCGAGUGCGUGACAGUAUCAGCUCUCUGUCGCUUCCUUCCGAACAAUUCCGUGCGUAAUUUGGCGAGAGUGAGUUUAGCCCGUAGGCAAGGUGCCAUGCUGCUGGACGCAGGCCACCAGUUCCCGGGUCUGGGCUCGUUCGCCCGCCACCACCCAGGGGCCGGAGACAUGCAGGAGCGAGACCUGAGCCUGGCCCAGAACACGUUCGUGGACUCAGCCCAUAUGGGCGCCUUCAAACUCAACCACGAGCUCUCCCCGCCGGGCCAGAGCUCCGCUUUCAGCAGCCAAGCGCCCGGCUACCCGGCGGCGGCUUUGGGCGCGCACGCCGCCCACGUCACGUCGUACGCGGGCUCCCCGUUCAACUCCACCCGGGACUUUCUGUUUCGCAGCCGCGGCUUCGGUGAGAGUUCCCCGGCCGGAGGUCAGCAUGCGCUCUUCGGCCCCGCGGCGGGCUCCCUGCACCCCACGCACCACCCUGCGGACACGCCGCAGGGCCACAUCUUGUUCCCGGGCAUCCACGAGCAACACGGGGCCCACGCGUCGGGCAACGUGCUCAAUGGGCAGAUGCGGCUCGGCUUAGCGGGGGAAGUGUUCGGCCGAUCCGAGCAGUACCACCAGGUGUCCAGCCCCCGGGCCGACGCGUACUCGGCGGCGCAGCUGCACAACCAGUACGGUUCCAUGAACGUGAACAUGGCCGCGCAUCACCACCACCAUCACCACCACCACCCGGGCGCCUUCUUCCGCUACAUGCGGCAGCAGUGCAUCAAGCAGGAGCUCAUCUGCAAGUGGAUCGAACCAGAGCAAUUGAGCAACCCCAAGAAGUGCUGCAACAAGACGUUCAGCACCAUGCACGAGUUGGUCACGCACGUAUCCGUGGAGCACGUCGGCGGGCCGGAGCAGACCAACCACAUCUGCUUCUGGGAGGAGUGCCCGCGGGAGAGCAAGCCCUUCAAAGCCAAGUAUAAGCUGGUCAACCACAUCAGGGUGCACACGGGCGAGAAGCCCUUCCCGUGCCCCUUCCCCGGCUGCGGCAAAGUCUUUGCGCGCUCCGAGAACCUCAAGAUCCACAAGCGCACGCACACAGGAGAGAAACCUUUCCAAUGCGAGUUUGAAGGCUGCGACAGGAGGUUUGCCAACAGCAGCGACCGAAAGAAGCACAUGCACGUGCACACGUCGGACAAGCCCUACCUGUGCAAGAUGUGCGACAAAUCCUACACGCACCCCAGCUCCCUACGAAAGCACAUGAAGGUGCACGAGUCAUCCCCGCCCGCUUCUGACUCCUCGCCAGCAGCCAGCUCGGGCUACGAGUCCUCCACCCCGCCGGGCUUGGUGUCGCCCACCACCGAGACCCAAAGCAACACCACACUGUCUCCGUCCUCGGUCGUGCACAGCAACACCAACCACAGCGGCCUCUCGUCCAAUUUCAGUGAAUGGUAUGUGUAGGAACCCCCACAAAUCAACACACACACACACACUCAAUUCACAGCACUGGACCCUCCCUAAAAGGAGAUUGGGACACACAUUAUUUUAUGAUCUUUUUUGUCCUUCAACACAACAGAGGGAAAUAUGUAUAAUAAAUUCAUAUUGUAAAUAGUGGACACUUUGGUUGUGCUAGAUUUGUCUUUUUCGGUGUCUAGAUGUUUCUUCAAUGGUAGCUAUCGCUCUAACUGGACUCCUAGUGCACAUAAUCCAAUAACAAUUUUACUCCAUAUUAUGAUUCUAAACAGGCAAAUUGAUUGUACUAUAAUAUAAACUUUUAAACGCCUAUGAACUGAAAAGCGUGCCAAAGUUGAACACACGGUCACAUCACGUUUAUCAUGCUUGUGAAUGUACAUCUUUCGUUGGUUUCUUUUUUAAAGAAAAAAGUUUGCCGGGCUUAACUUGUGCCGUUUUUUUGUGUGUCUGCGCUCUACAAAUCGUGACAAGCAAACAUGCUAUAUGUGGAAGGACUGUUGAUGAAAAAUGAAACUUUGUGUUGUUUUUCCUGUAACUCCUUCCUGUUUUGUGUGUGGGUGAAUGUGUAUGCGUGAGUGUAAAUAGCCAACUGCCAUAUUUAUCCAUUUGUAAUUAAAUUAUGGUAUUUACUUGCUACAGAUGAAACAGUAUUUAUAAAAAGAAUGUUUCUUUUUGUUUUGGACUAUAAAUAUGUAAAAUUUAAGAGCUUAAAAACUCAAGAGGCAGUUGUUUUUCGUCGUGCUUUUUUUUUUUUCCUGAAAAAAGUUUUAAGAAGUGUUUUCAUCCUGACUGUGAUAAAACAUUUGACUCCAUAUAAAUAUAAUUAAAAAAAAAUUGUUGCAAGUGCUAA